AUGGACGUAAAAGGCUUUGCUAUAAGGGAAUGGUAUGGAAAGUUUUCAAAAUUAACAGUAAAAACAGUGUUUAUUAGUGUUGAUGAUUUGAUAUUGAACUACUUAAGUUCCGAUGGCAUUUAUUUGCCGGAAGACUAUCAACAGUUAUCGUCGACGGAUUCCGAAACAAAAACAUCGUUAAAUAGGUUUGUGACCGACGUUGAUUUAGCCAUUAAACAAUUAGGUGGUCAGGUAAUACCGAAAUUUACUUGGAGUGUUCCAAAGGAUGCGACAUGGAUAUCUCAUGACAAAUCGCUUAAAUGUAUAAAUUCAGAUGAAGUCUUACUUCUGUUGAAAAGUUCAAAUCAAAUCACACAUGACAUAGACUAUGCCUUAGGAGAUGGCGCUGCACCCGAAAAAAGUACAAUCAAUCAUGUCCUAGCAUUGAGAAAGUGGGUUAACGUUAAUCCAUGUUUGGAGUUCAGAUGUUUUGUGAGAAAUAAUUGUCUCAUUGCUAUUUCACAGCGUAAUGUUCAACAGUUUUUCCCAGAAAUUAUAGAAAAAAGCCAUAAGAUUAAAAGCCUCAUAAUUGACUUUAUUAAUUCAGAAAUAAAAAACAAGUUUUUUGUUGAAAAUUUUACAUUGGAUGUAUUUUUGACUGAUCAUAUCGUUAAGCUUUUAGACUUUAAUCCAUACGGUCAUAUGUCUCACAGUUUGUUGUACACAUAUGAAGAGUUAGACAAGGUUAAUAUUUUAAACGACAGAAACAUUCUAUUUAGAUAUAUCACGAGUCAGAAAGAUGUCAAAGCUAAUCUUCACAUUUGGGAUGCUUAUCCUGAAGAUUUUCUGCAUUUGCAUGGUGGACUAGAUAUAAAUAAAUUUAUUGACUUUAUGAAUUUAAAAGAAAAUUGUAAUACAUUUGAAAAUGGUGAUUGUAACUGA